UCAUGCAAUGCUAUUUAAGAAUAACCUUGAACACCCUUCUCAGACAUCAAAUUCCUUUCUCAAAUUGCUAGGAAUGGCUGCCAUCUCAGUUCCCCGUUUCACCGUGAGCUUGCUUGCCUGCAACACCCCAUCCACACAAAAGCCCACCAAAUCUUUUGCUAAAAAGGUCCUUCCAAAACCAAAGAGGAGGAGGCAGCUAGAUGUAAUGCUUAUCAAGGCUUCAACAACUUCUCAAACUCCUGCGCGCCGCACUGCAAAUUAUCACCCAAACUUGUGGGACGAUGAUUUCAUAGGCUCACUUGAAAGAGCUUAUGAGUCUCCUUUUUAUGCUGAACGAGCUGAGACACUGAUUAACGAAGUGAAGGAGAUUUUCAAUGGAAUGUCAAACCAGAAUUCUUCUCUCCUCCAACGACUUUCCAUGGUGGACAGCGUUGAACGUCUUGGAAUCGAUCGCCAUUUCCAAAAGGAAAUAAAAGAAGCUCUUGAUCAUGUUUACAGUCAUUGGAACGAGAAAAGCUUUAACGCAGAUCUGAACACCACAGCCUUGGCACUCAGAAUUCUUCGCUUGCAUAGAUAUGGAGUCUCUUCAGGUGUGCUAGAGAAUUUUAAAGAAAAAGAUGGGCGGUUCUUGAGUUCAUAUACUCAAUCACAUGAGGAGAUAAGAUCAAUAUUAAAUUUAUUUCGUGCUUCACUCAUUGCAUUUCCUGAGGAGAAAGUCAUGGAUGAGGCUAAACUCUUUACAACUACAUAUUUAGAACAAUCUAUAUCAAAGAUUGGUGAUACUAGUCUUUCACAAGAGAUCAAAUUCAAUUUGGAGUAUGGUUGGCACACCAAUUUGCCUAGAUUGGAAGCAAGGAAUUAUAUUGACAUAUAUGGAGCAAACACUUCAUGGAUGACAUGCAUGAAUAAAAAGAAGAUUUUAGAAUUGGCAAAGUUAGACUUCAAUAUGGUGCAAUCUGUGCAACAAAGAGAACUUCAACUACUCUCAAGAUGGUGGAUGGAGUCAAAUGUGCCUCAAUUAGAUUUCACUCGCAAUCGAUACGUGGAAUUUUAUUUUUGGGCAGCGGGAGGGUGUAUAGAGCCAAAGUAUUCUGCUUUUAGAAUUGGAUUUGCAAAAAUUUGCUCUCUUGCAACAGUUAUGGAUGAUAUAUAUGACACAUAUGGGACACUCAAUGAGCUCAAACUCUUCACAAAUGCAGUUAAAAGGUGGGAUCCCUCUACUAUAGAUUGCCUCCCUAAGUAUAUGAAAGUUGUGUUCGUAGCUUUUUAUGAAAUGAUGAAUGAUUUGGCACAAGAGGCAACUAAGACCCAAGGUCGAGAUACAAUUGACUAUGCAAGAAAAGUUUGGGAGAUAUUCUUGGCUUCUUUCAUGCAAGAGGCAGACUGGCUUUCUAUUGGUCAUAUACCAACAUUUGAGGAGUAUUUGGAGAAUGGAAAAAUUAGUGCUGGUGGUCAAAUACUUAUUCUACAACCUCUCUUAACAUUGGAUGCACUUCUUCCUGACAAGCUUCUUCCAAAAAUUGAUUUUCCUUCAAGGUUCAAUGAGACUUUAGCAAAGACCUUUCGAUUAAGUAAUGAUAUUAAUAGUUUCAAGGUUGAAGCUGCUAGGGGUGAGAAAGCUUCAUGUGUAGGAUGUUAUAUGAGAGAUAAUCUCGGAUCAACAGAAGAAGAGGCUUUGGAUUAUCUCAUUUCUUUAAAGGAAAAAUUACUCAAAGAACUAACAUGGGAAUAUUUGAAAUUGGAUGACAUACCAACAUGUAGUAAGGAUCAUGCAAUUUCUAUAUCAAGAGGUUUUCAUUUGUUUUAUAGAGAGAGAGAUGGCUUCACUAUUUCCACCAAAGAUACAAGAGACCUUAUUAUGAAAACUUUGGUUCAAAAUAUUCCAAUGUAAUUUCAGCUCUUCAUUGAUUAUAAUUGCUAAGAUGGUCAGGAAAUGUAUUUGGUGGGUUGAUGAUUACAUAAUAAUAAUUUGGUUUUACUAGGUAAUGAUUACAUUGCCUAGAAUAAUUCUUGAAUCAUA